UCCUGGCAGCGGCAGCCGCUUGUCUCUUCUCUCUCCCUCUCUCUCUCUCACACACACACUCACACACACACUCAGCACCAGCAGCAGCUCAUGUAGAACCACGUAGCACCGGCUUGCUUUGGAUUCUAACCAUCGACAGCAGCGGCCGGAGCGGCGAUGGAUCUCUUUGAAUUCGACUUUUUCAGGGACUGGGAGCUGGAGCAGCCGUGCCAUCUUGAGUCGGAGCGCAGCGCACUGAAGAGGAGAGAGUGGGAGAGGAGGAACCAGGAAGUCCAGCAAGAUGAAGACUUGUUCUCAACCGGAUUUAACCUCUUUGGAGAACCGUAUAAAACUAAUAAAGGCGAUGCUUUGGCCAACCGAGUCCAGAACACCCUGGGCUCCUACGAAGAAAUGAAAGACCUGCUAACCAGCCACUCCAACCAGAGCCACUUGGUGGGGAUCCCCAAAGGCAGCGCCGCCAGCAACAACCAGCAGCCAGCGGCGGGCUCCUCUGCCGACAGACCGGCCACGGAGUCCCAGCUGUUCAACGAGGCCUUGAGAGGAGCAGCGGGCGGUGGAGGAGGUGGAGAAGGAGCAGAGGGGAGCGGGGAGAAGAGAACGUCAGCCUCCAUGCAGCCGCCCGCCGUCAUCACGGCGUUAUCGACGGCCCCGCACCAGAACGCGAAGAAGUCGAGGAGUGUGGAGUGUUUGAAGGGAGGUCAAGCGACGGGCCUGGUGGUCGGGUCAGGGGCGGCGGGGCAAAACGGACAGGGGCCUGCGGCCGCCGCGGCCAGCCGGGGCAAAAUGGCUCUUUUAGAGGAGCAGCAGCUGCAAAGGCAUGAGGAGCUGUUCAGCUCUCUCAAAGAUGAACUGGGUCUGAAAGAGGAGUCCAGCCCUUCUUCCUCGUCUUCAUCCUCUUCCUCGUCCUCUUCCAGAAGGCAUUCGUCCAAAAGCCAUUCCCUAGCAGAUGGCGGCAACUUUCGGUCCUCCACUGUAGACGGCUGCCACUUUAAGUCUUCCUCCAGCGUGGAAAAUGGCGGCUCUUUCAAAACCUCCCCGUUCGAAAAUGAAACAAGUUCCCACCUUUCGUUGUCCUCCUCCCCGCUGGCUUCCACCUCUGUUCUGACGACCCCCACGCCCGGUCUGACCACGCCCACGUCCGGACUGACCACGCCCACGUUCCCACCCGGCUGCCUAUCGGGGAAGCCCAUCGCUAUUCAGCAGAAGCCCACGGCGUACGUUCGACCAAUGGACGGCCAGGACCAGGCGCCGAGUGACUCCCCGCAGCUGAAGCCCCCUCCGGUGGCGACAGAGGGGUUCAGCAGCAGCCAAUCUUUUGGAGGAACGUCUGGAAACGUGAAGAACAAACUGCCAAAACUGAACCUCAGCCACACGGGAGAGGUCAAUCUGCCAAACGACUCCAGCUGCGUUGAAGAGAUUUUGCGGGAGAUGACCCAUUCAUGGCCUCCUCCGCUCACAGCCAUACACACGCCCGGGAAAGCCGAGCAGACCAAGUUCCCCAUCCCAAACAAGGAGACCCAGCAUGUGACCUCAGCCUACAACACCCAGAAGAGGUGUUCGGUGCCAGCUAACAAACCCGCUGCUAAACCGUCCACUGCACCGCAGAAGUCGAUGCUGGAGGAUGACCUGAAGAUCAGCAGUGAUGAAGAUGAAGCUGAACAGCAGGUGUCUGACAAGACCAAAGCCAGAAGCGCAGCGCUGAGCGGUGCGUCGGGGAGCAGCAGCGAAUCAGAGAGCAGCUCUGAGUCUGACACGGACGAGUCGGAAAGCAGCUCCAGUGACAGCGACUACAACCAGGCUUCCCGCACAAACACUCCAGAGCCAGAGCCCCCUUCGACUAACAAGUGGCAACUGGACAGCUGGCUGAACAAAGUCCAGGCUCAGACCAAACCGCUGGUCCCUGCACAGCAGGAGCAUCAUGGCUCAGGCUCCAUCAGCCAGGAUCCGCAGACAUUUUCUCCCGGGAACGAAGCACCAGGAGUGGGAACCACUGCCAAGACCAAGCCCUGUGGGUCCAGCAGCACACCUGUUCCCACUGCUCCCGCAGCGGAGCACAAAGACAGCAGGAGCGCCUUCUGCCCGGGCAGGGAGAAGGCCAAAACCAAACUGGGCCAGAAGGCCUCAGGGGAGGGUCAGAGGUCAAAGAUGAGGCUGUCGCCAGGCCUGUUGUCGGGGCAGGAGGUCCCGGCGCCGAGGAGGAACACAACCGGGAAGAAGCAGCCGCGCCGGGCCGAGAGGUCCAGCAGCAUGGAGGAGAACCAGAACCAGGCGUGGAGUCGGACCAACCAGCACAGCCCUGCGGCGAGAGAGAAGGACCUGUUGCCCCCGCCUCCCCUGGAGCACCAGAACCCCCCCAGGCUGCGGGGGAAGCCUCUCAGUGGGAAGUCAGCCCCCAGGAAAGAGCCUCGCAGCGCCACCAGUUCAGCCACUCCACCAGCAGCGCUGCAGCAGACCCCCGCGCCUCUUCCUGCUGUCACUGUGAACCAGGAUAAGAGGAAACACAGAGGUCCCAGCACCAAAACCACACCGAAGUCCAGGGAAUUCAUCGAAACGGAUUCCUCCUCCUCCUCGUCGGAAUGCCAGUCGGACGGCGAGGAAGCCACCAAGAUCCCGUCUCUGCCAGCCCAGACGACGCGCUCGUCCAUCAGCGCCCAGAUGCUGGCCAACGCGCACAGCCACGCGCCUCUGCUCCCGUGCCUUGGCUCUGCCGCAGGGGCGGGAAGUCUGGGCGUGUUCACCGGAACUGGACUCCGAGUCAAAGACGGCGGUGGUGUCGGCAACGGCAACCUGUUGAGCAUUGGCAACAUAGGUGCUUCCUUUGGGAACUCUGUUCCAGAUCCCGGAGGGUCCGGAGGGCAGGGGAAGGAUGCGGAGCCUCCUUCACCACCGUCAAAUGCGGGACACGACGCGCCCCUGUCCCCUCUGAGGGAAUAUCACCAGGUUCAGAGUUUGUGGGUGAAAAUCGACUUGAGCUUCCUGAGCAAAGUGCCGGGGCAGACGGCAGGGGAAAGAGCCAGGAUUGUAGUUGUAGAACGGGAAGGGUACGCGGGGAGGGACAGGGAGAGGCAGAAGCUGAUGAAAGGGGAGAGACAAGAAGAAGAAAAUGAGCGUUUAGUGAAGGACAAAGAAAGGCAAGGAGAGAGGGAGAGGCAGGCGGAGAGAGACGACCGGGAGAGGUUUGGAUUUGGGGAAAGGGAGAGGACUGUGGCGAGGGACCGAGAGAAGAUUAGUCAGGGUAUGGGGGUACUGGAUAACCCCGCUGGGCAGGAGCAGGGCAAUCCCAGGCUGGCUGGGCGGACGGAGAGACUGGAGAGCGGAGGUAAACACAGGAGGCUGGCGGCCGCAAACAUGUUGGCUCCCUCAGAAAAACACACCAGCAAGAGCAAGAGGAAACACAAGUUGGACCACGGAGAAACGUCGCUCAAGUGUAAUAAGAAGCUGCGGCUGGACAAAGACUGCCUGCUCCUCCCACCAUGCAUCUCUCCAAUACACAACCACAAGAGCAGCUCUGCAGACGGCUCUCUGAACAGGAAGCAGACCCGGCGGCGUGACGACAAGCUGCUGCCCCCGCUGCUGUCGCCGCUGUCCGACGAGCCGCCCCGUAAGCGGGCCUGCGACGGCGGCCCCUCCCUCGCCGAGGAGGCCGGUGCGGUGGGGAUGCUGCCCUGCUCGGCGUCCUCUGCCACCGCCGCCGCUCCGUCGCACAGACACCGACGGGGCGAAGGGAAAGCAACGGCGCACAGUAGAAACGGCGGGGACAUGGACGCCCACUGCGAUAAACCUGGCGGAGAUGGUUACCAUGCCAACGGCCACUCGGACUCCGAGGUGUGGUCCGAGGUGAUGAUGGACCAGUCCGACCCGCGAAGACCGAGACUGUCGUUCACCGACACAGUCCACAGUGCAGAGUACUACAUGCAGGAAGCAAAGAGGCUGAAGCACAAGGCCGAUGCUUUGACGGACAAAUUUGGGAAAGCGGUGAACUACGCAGACGGCGCCCUCUCCUUCAUAGAGUGUGGGAACGCCAUGGAGCGAGAUCCACUGGAGGCCAAAUCGCCGUACACCAUGUACUCAGAGACGGUGGAGCUCAUCAGGUACGCCAUGAGGUUGAAGAACUUCACCAGCCACUCAGCCACCGUCUUGGAGAAGAGGCUAGCUGUUCUGUGCAACCGCUGUCUGUCUCUGCUGUAUCUGAGGAUGUUCCAUCUGAAGAAAGACCACGCUGUCAAGUACUCGCGCUCGCUCAUGGAGUACUUCAAGAAUUCGGCGAAGAGUUCCCAUCAGGCCCCGUCGCCUUGGAGGAGCAAUGGAAAAGUCAACGGGACGCCGUCUCCCCUCUCGCUCAGCCCGUCUCCAGCCAGCAGCGGAGGAGCGCCAGCAGCAGCAACGGGAGGGGGAGGGGCAUCGGGGUCGUCCGGUAGCGUGGCGAUCCCCCAGCGGAUCCACCACAUGGCCGCCAGCCACGUCAACAUCACCAACAACAUCCUGAGGAGCUACGAGCAAUGGGAGACGGCCGACAGGCUGGCCGCCGACAGCAGAGACUUCUUCCAGGACCUGGACUCGGCGAUGGGGGGGGCUCUGAGCCAGCAGAGCAGCAUGGUGGAGCUGGUGCGCUACAUCAGGCAGGGACUGCACUGGCUGCGCUCUGAGGCACAGCUGCUCUAGAGACUGGAGCAAAGCAACGGGAACUAGAGCUGACAUGAGACCCAUCCCACUGCGAACCCCUCAAACCACACACACACACACACACACACACACACACAAACACACAGACCAAGGAUGAUAACUGGGCCCAAAUCCCCCUGCAGUGAUCCAGGUGAAAUACCUGAGGAGACGCAGAACACGCCCAAACCCUCCGUUAAGAAAACCAACAGAAAGAAGCUGAAAGUUUUUUUUGUUUUUUUUUUAAGACGGAUCAUUUUCUGGACGAUAAGUGAGCGUCUGAUGUGAUUAAGGCGGCUAAAUGUGGCCAGAGAGCUGAGCGAGGAGCAGCAAGGUGUCAGUGAUUAGGUCUGGAUCUAAAGCCUCAGGCUGAUAUCGAUCCGGCUGGAGGAGAAGCCGUCCAAUCCAUCAGAUAAGGACCAGAGCGGUGAGGGGAAAGAGGCUGACCUAUGACCCCCACACACACACUCCCUGAGGCAGAAUCAAAGCAGGCCUGACUCAGUACCUCGACUGGAGCCGAAACCUGCCACCGUUGAGUCCAGACGGUUCUAAUUGGAUUUGUAUUACAUUGGAGUUAAACACAGAUAUUAAAAUAUUUAAAGUGAAAACUCCAAUUAUUCCAAAGUACAUUUUAGCACUUAUGGGACAUGUGUCAAACUCGCGGCCUGAGGGCCAAAUCCGAGUCUUUUAUGUGGCCCUCCAGACUGCAGAGGUGAUCACAACCUUUAACAAAAAGUUCUCAAAUAUUCAUCAGUCAAAUCAUUAUCAAAGCAGUUUUUCUGCAUACUGCCAAAUUGCAUCAAUCAGUCCGUCCAGGUUUUUGUGACGCCAUGAAAAUUCACAAGUUUGUUACAAAUUUUACCCAAAACGUUGAAAAACUUUAGGUUUAAUAGACUAACUCCGAGCUGCAGGUGGCAGUAUUUCUAACUUUUACUACACUGCUGCCUCAAAUUUACGUGACAUCAAGUUACAAGCCACAUGGUGAAUAAAGAAAAAAAAUACCAUCAGAUAUAAACUAAAAUAUUUUGAAAUUAGCUCAGAUUUUGAGAGUAAAAAAAUCACAAACAAUUUCAGAAUCUUGGAUGAAGAGUGAAUAGGUGUUCAAUAUGGUUACAUUUUAAGAACUUAUUGAACACAGAGACAGUUGUUAAUUAAUAUUUUUAACAAUUAACAGGUAUUAUCAGUUCGUUGUGGCAUGGUUCUGUGAGAACAUUCAUGACCUUGAUGCGCUCCAAAAUGAAAAUAGGUUUCACCUCCCUGAUUACAAAUCGUAGUUGCAUCAGAAAAUGAAGGAAGUAAGUGACACUGUCUCUUUAAUUACAGCUGCUGGCCUAAUGCAGUAACAUCUCAGAUUGGAAAUCUGAAAUAAAAGUGGAGGUUCCUCUGAUGACAUCACGUCAGGCACAGAGCAACUGAUCAGUUAUGAAGUUUUCUUACUGCUGUUUUUUUCUUAUUCUGAUAUUUUUAAUUGGAAACGCCACCAUUGCCAAAGUCAGCUUUUUGAACUUUAGCAGAAUAUCAACAAAGUUUUCUACACUUUUGUAAUGGAAAAGCAUCAAAGAAGCCAAACCACUUGCACAUUACGUACUUCAUAAUUCACGUCCAAAUGUGUUAACCACUUCUUUGCCGUAACGUUAGCACUAAGACAAAACUGAUUAUUGUGCCUUUUGUGAUGUCAUCACAAAAGGCACAAAAAUAAACAAAAAUAAACAAAAAGUUAAAUUAGCAGAGGUUUAUUCUUCAGUGCCCUUUUUAAAAAUUGUGCAUUUUGUGAAAUUCUAACUUAAUUGCCUGAUUGUAGUUUUGUUUCUCUGUAUUUAAAAAAAAAUUGCACAGGGUGGUUAAUGUUGUGUUACCUGGAAACAGAAGGAAGAACAGACAAAACGGCACAAUACAGACGCUACGAAAUGAAACAAGCUUUCUGGUGAAACAAGGUGUAAAAUGUGAUGUACGUCACUGCUGCUGGAAUUUAAGUUGCACUUUUUUUAGCUGUAGCUGCAGGAUUUACUCGCAUUAUUGAUCAAGACAGUAGCAUAUGAUAUUUGUCAUGACACAAGUGGAUACUGAGAUGUAUAGCCUUUCAGCCUGUUGGUCAUAAAGGGCCAACAGUGUCAUUUAUUUCCAGGGGCCUCAAAAACAAAACUAAUGCCUUCCAUUUGCCUUGUUAUCAUGGCAUAAAGCUACACCAAAACCCAAUUCUUAAAUUAAGGCCAGAAAUAUUCAAUAUUUUAUCAAUGCACCUUAAAUAUAGCUCAUAUGAGUAGUAAACAGCUUGGCUAACUUAAGAGCGAGCUAACCUUUGCUAGCUGGGAACUAAGCCUAGCUUAGUUCUCAUAGCUAAGCUUAGCUGGUUGCUAAGCUUAGCCUCUUAGCUCAUUCAGAGCUAAGAGGCUAGCUGCCUUGUCAAACAAGUUGGUCCUGGGUAAAAAAAAUUAAGUUUAUGGAGUAAACGCCACCAAAACAAGUUUCCUCUUCAUUAGCUCACUUACUGUUUCUGAUUAUGCUAAGCCUAGCUAGCUGCUAACAAACGGCUAACGUAACUAGCUGCCUUGUUUAUAAGUCACAGGAGCUGCUUCAGAGUAGAAAACGAAGGUUAGGGAGUAAACAAAACAGGCUCCCUGUUUACUUCUCCUCUGAACGAGGGCUUCUUCCAUCAAACACAACAACGGGUCUUUUGCCGGUCGUGGGCUUUUUGUGAAAUUUCUGCUCGGUUCUAGUUCCCAUAGUAACCCACCCACUAAGGUGUCAAACACUUACAAAAAGGGGGAGAAAAAAAACCCCAAAACUACUCGACAUGUAAUGAUUAGGUUCCAAUUAAGCCCCCCACCCUCCCACAUGCAGAGCGGGUGAAGGAGGAAGAUCUCCCGUCUGCUCCUCUUCUUCCCCCCCACCGAUGUCAAAGUGAAUCUGCGACGUUGUACAGCACUAGAUGAGGUCAGAUCAUCUGCUGGAUCCUCUUCUAGACGUUUCCCAACAUUCGUCGUGUUGUUGUUGUUGGUGUGUAUACGUGUACAGCUGAUUGUCAAGUCUAUCUAAAUCGUUGCUGAACAAUAAUGAUGUUUGUGUAACAUACUGUACAGAUUGUGACACCUAGAAGCUGUGUACUUGGGUGUUUGUUAUUUUUUAGUGUCUUGAGUCAAUGUGAAAGAAUGGAGAGGAGCGUGGGUUGUGUGUGUGUGUGUGUGUGUGUGUGUGUGUGUGUGUCCGUCCGUGCACAGGCUAUGGCUGAAGUGAUUUUUAACCCUUUGUGGUACAUUCAAAAGAUGAGUCCCCACUGUUUCUGUUGCUCAUUGUGCUACAAAAGCUUAAAAUCAGCUCUCUCCCCCUCGUACACUUUCUGUAAAUCCAGCACAUCCAGCAUGAGUUUCAUAAGUUCUGGAUCAUUUCACCAUGGCUGAAUGUGUGUGACAGGACGACGUGGAUGUGGGAAGUAAUUUUCACUUUAACAUGGAAAAAAAGAAAGAAACUCAAGUGCCUCUAUUUGUGUCCAGUUGGAAUUGCUCUAUUUAUUUAAAAAAACAAAGAAUGAAUCUAAAUAAUUUUCCAUACCAUAUUGGUAUAAAUAUGAAUUUUUUUUCUUUGUGUUUUUUUGUAUAAUCAGAUGUCUCCAUAAGCUUUUUUACUGGCGUUAUGACGCCAGGGGUUUGGCUUUAAGAUGAAAAAAUAAAAGCGUGUGAUUAAACGUGUUGAAUUAGCAUCCGUUGCUGUAUCCUGAUUUCUUGAUGAUUUGAUGAAGUUUCAGUUUUGUCUGAAAUGCCUGAAACUUUGAAAAUCAUUGCAUGCAAUAAAUGGUAGCCUCAGACCAACAAUUGCUUGUGUUCAUUUGGAGGAAGACGAAAAGAAAAAGCGUCGUGUUUUGUGUUGCGUAGUUCACUGGACGUGAGAAUGUUUUACGUGGCCUGGAGCUAGCUGCUUUAAAUGUGCAUUACUAAUGGUGGCUGUUUGGACGUUCAAGAACCUAAAACGCUUAAAAAGGCACAGUAAUGUUAUUUCUACCAACAACGGCAUUCUGUCCUCCCAGCGGUUUUUUUCUUGAUGCCUCAACAAGUAAAAAUGUUUUUCAUCUGCUGCCUGUUGAGUGACUGGUUUCAGGGUCAAUGGCGGAAAGUGUCAUUUUGUCAACAUUUGGCCAGCAUCUAAACUUCUCAUGUGGCAUGAAAAGUCCCAAAGUCUAAAAGGCAACAGGAAUGUUUUUCAAAUCAGAGUCCAGUUUGUCAUUUGGUCCGUUUGAUUUAUUAUUAUUUAUUCUUUAGUGAAUCUUCUGAUAAUGAAGGAAUCCGUUUUUUCUUUUCACAAGGUUGUUUAUGUUUAUUAUUGAGAUUUAUUUUCCAAAUCAAACUAAUUUCUGUAUUUGUAAAUGAACAAAAACUUCAACUUCAGCCUGGACACGACUGAUCUAGAGCAGCACGAAUAGAAAUAGGCGAGUAUUUUUUCAGUGUAAGGUUUAUAUAAAAGCUUUUCAAGAUUGUAAAUGACAUUUUCUGCUCAAAGUCAUUUAAUCGUGAAAUUACGAGUUCUCAGACAAUAAGACAUAUUUCUAUCAGACAUCAUAUUAUCAAAAACAUGAUCGUGAUAUAUUUUUUUUCCAUUUCAUGUUGUCUAUCCGGGGGACUCAGAUUUAGAACAAGUUGACCAACUUUGCAUUGGGUCUUGAAGGGAGCAUCACAUCCAUUUAGCGUUUUGAAACACAGCACAACUGGUAAAUAUUGGACUGAAGCAGCAAAUCAUUUUUAUGCGACGCAAUAUGACUUCAUCUAAUACGUUUUGGAAUCAGACUUGCUCAGCUUGCCCUGUUAUACUGCUGGCAUCUCAUUAAGGAUCUCAUUAGUUCUUGUUGCAUUAUCACAGUUGUCAACAAAUUUAUGAAAGACAGUGGUAAGAAGGAAACAUUAUUUGUGUAACAAUUACAAUGGGAAGUUUAAUGUGUGUUGCUAGCAGAUGGUGUCAAGUCAAUAAUGCUCUGAUCAUCUCUCCAGCAGUGACAACUUUUCACUGAUUGUAGUUUGCAUUUCAUUAAGUCCCAGAUCAAGCUUAUUAUUUCUAGAAAUAACCCCCAGAGAGGAUAAACAGUGUUGUGCUUUUAUACACAUUCAAAUGUUUGACUGUGAUGAAAAGUCAGCUGAUACGUGGAGGCAUCCAUUUUGAUGUUGGGAGUAUAAAUUGGCAAAGGGUUGAAAUGACCUUUAACCCCUGGGAGCAGCUGAACCGCUGAUUUAGCAUCUACUAUAUCACAGCUCAACUCUGAUGAAACCAGAAAUGUAGUUUGAACAUUUGUAUGCCUAAUUUUUACCCCUAAUAAAGCCUGCAUCCCCGUUUUGCACCCAUAUGUUGAAAACCUGAUACGAUUUGUGGAUAAAUUCAAUAAUUGCUCAGAUUUAAUACAAAGUAGUUUUGCGAUUUUCUGAAAAUUUAACAUUGCAUCUAAUUUCUGUUCAUCUCUGCUCUGAUCCCUUUUUGGACUAUUCAACAGAUAAAACCAAAAAUAAUUGUAAGGAACCCAUCUCUAAUAUUUAAAGGGGUCAUGAAACCUCUUUUCCACGCAAUAGGCAAACCUGUCAUUACCCCAAACCGUCGGGUGGUCAUAAAGAAUCGCUCUGUGCCUAAUCGCAUCUUUUCCGUCCUCAAACAGCAUGAAAUCCAAAUAAGACAAACGAAAACAACGCUGUGAAACGGCAGAGCAGCUAAAUGACCAACACUCUUGAAUAAAUGUUUUUAUUAACCUAGCUAACAGCUAGGUCUGUUGUUUACCUGCAAAGUGCAGCUAGUUCUUAGCUAGCUCAGCAAAGCUCGCUAAAAGCAAAUAGUAUGGAAUCUCAAAGAAAACAAACAAAUGCACAAAAUGGUAAAGUAGCUAAAUGACCAGCACCAUUCAGUAAAUGUAGCUUGUUGAUUAGCUGCCUGUUGUUCACCUAGCUCUGAGCUAGUUGAGCAAAGCUAGCUCUCUCAUUACUCCAGGCCUUCUCGUCUCCAGGCCUUCUCUAUCUUUUUGUCACAGAAGUAAAUAACUUGUCUCUUAUUAUUGUUGUGGAAGUUGAUUCUCACAAAUCCUACAUUUGAAUUGCAACCAAAUUAAGCUAGUUUUAGCUAAUUGCUGCAUGUAGCAUAUUUCUGCUCACCUAGCCGACAGCUAAAACCGACCCCGUUUUUAAAAAAAAAAAAAGAUUUUUAUUUGAGUGAAAUUAAUUUGCAACUCCCCAUUUCAAAAUAUGGCGGCUUUAGAUUUCAAAAUGUUAAAACGUGACUUUGAAAAUGUGAGACUUCUGGCUAAUGUUGCUAGAAUGGCAUUUGCCCGUCUUCCAGUCCGUGGCCAUUUAUUGCAAAGUACAACAGUUUCAUGUCUGAAUUAAUGCACUGAAAUCCCAGACAGUGACUCUGAAAGCGGCUCCAACUCUUCAUGUCGCUGUGAUCAUGGAUUUAUAUCCUGCUCAACUUGAAGGCUCCGGUGCAGCCACUAGUGGUUUUGCAGCAGCAGCAGCAGCCUGGUGACUCUGAUCUGGUCUGGGAGCGGAUCCGACCAGAACCACUGGCUGAGCAGAUCAAAGAUCAGUGCAGGUCGCGGCCGAGGUCACGUCAAUCCAACGCCGGUUUGUGUCGUAUCCUUCGAAACGUGUCGCACAAUCCUCCACUGUUUUCUUUCUUUUUUCUACCAGUGCUAUCUUUUGGGCCUUUUUUUCUAUGGUUCUUUUUUUACAAUGAAGUUGUUCUAUGUGAUGAAGACGAUGACGACGACGAUGAUCAAAAAGUUGUGAUGCAGUUCCGUUGUUUUUAAAUAUUUAAUGUAUCUGAAAUAUGGAUUAAAACCUGUUUG